CACCGCAACACUGAUAACGUGUUAUCUACGGUUUACGGACAACUGCUGCGCUGCUCGUUCUCUCGGUCGACGCUCGUCGUAUGUUUGCGAAUUUUCGUACAUCCGGAGAUCAAAUAUCAGCGGGUGAUUGAAUGAUCGGUCCGAUUUAAGUGACAGGACUUCACCGACAGCACAGUAGAUAAGCGGAGCAGAAGAAUUUGGACACUCACAUUGAGUUUGACAUCUCAGGAAACAGAUAUAUAGAAAGCAAACUACACGAUACCAAAAACAAUAGAAGAUGUAUCUUAGGCAGAUAACUUAUACGUUAAUGAUGGUGGUUUGCAUGAUUGCCGCAAAGCCUCGCUACAGAAAGCAGAAACGCACAACUGAAGUGGUCAGCAGAAGAUUCUCAAAUCCAUUCUUCCACCAAAGCUCAGAUAUAAAAUCCGCCGAUGGAAGCAUGGCAACUAAGCUGAAAAACGCAAUGAAGAACUUGCCAGAAAAUGUUAAAGAUGACGCGAUACAUGAGUUUCUCAACAUGUUCGGUUUACAGGCUCCGGAUAAUGCCAACUCUAUCCAACAAAUCAAGAAACCGCCCAAGUACAUGGUGGAUCUUUAUAAUGCUAUUGCAGAUCAAGAUGGUGUGACGCGGGCCCCGGAUCUGUUGGAUGCAGACACCGUCAGAAGCAUUCCCAACAUAGACUCGAGGUGCCCAGGUCGAUGUCGUUUUGAUUUGCAAGCAGUGGGUGAACACGAGGUGGUUUUGGAUGCGGAACUUCAUCUUUACUUUGAAAAACCUCCAACGCGUUCAGUUUCUUCCAGCAGGACCAGCAACUACAUGAUUAAAAUUUAUCAGAUAUUGUCGGACGGAGACGGAGAAAUACAGAAAACACUCGUUGCAGGAAGGCGCCUUCCAGCCCGAUUAUUAGGGUGGCAGAUAUUUCCUCUUCUUACCUCCGUUGAAACUUGGAAUAGCCGGAAAGAUGACAAUUUAGGCAUUCUUGUUGAAUGCACAACUGAUAAUGGCGAGGUGGUCGUUCAGCGAAGAGGGUUGAAAGGAAAAUCCCCAAUUCUAAUACUCUUCACAAACGACAGCAGAAACAACAUCCACAAAGCUAAGAAAGCAAAAGCAAUGCAAGUUCUACACAAUGCAAAAAUGGCAACGAUAAGCAAUCAAAAACACCACAUAUCAGCAACAAUUGCCGACAUUCAAACUUCAAGACCUCGAAGGUCGCUAAGAAAUGAGAAUAGAAGACAGAAAAAGAAUUCACGAAAAAGCAAAAACCGUCAAAAUUCGAAACAUAAGCACCAGGAAGAAACAAAUGUGAAAAGUACCGAAGAUUCUAGCUUUGUCGAAUAUGUACAUCACCAAACAAAAAACACAACCACAUUGUCCAAAAAGAAUAACGGCAAUCACGACACAGAAACCAUAUAUACAGAUGAUCAAUUUCAAGGGCAAGAAUAUGAUUCCAAUAUAUGGGAGACAUAUGAUCUUGAUUAUGCAUCUGAUGGCAGCACCAAACCAGCGGCAGAAACUUCGCAUUCUCGCCAUCCAGUUAGUACGUCAUCUGCACAUUUCCCUUCGUUUUCAAGUCUUUCCACUGAAGCAUCGGCAAGUCGACAUUGCCGUCGUUACCCUUUAUAUGUCGACUUUGAAGAAAUGGGUUGGUCAGGUUGGAUUAUUCACCCUCAAGGUUACAACGCAUACCACUGCCGAGGAAAGUGUUCCUUUCCAAUAAGUCAGAAUUUGAAACCAAGCAACCACGCGACGGUACAAAGCAUCAUGCAUACUCUCGGUCUUGGGGGACAGCCUGUGGACAUGCCUUGCUGCACACCCGACAAACUGUACGAUAUAAAUCUGUUAUACUUUGACCACAAUGAUUAUGUUGUCCUGAGACGAUACAAGGACAUGGUUGCUGCAUCGUGUGCCUGCAGAUGAAUUCAAUCUUGGUAUUCAUCUCAUACAACCGGUAUGGUGUCCAGCAGCGAAAGCCGGCCGUGGUUCUACACGACAGUGGAGGAGUCAACAGAACACAAAGCUCCCUAAAAUUUAUUGCAAUGUUUAGCGCACUUGCACUGUUUAAGAUAAAAUUGUCUUGUUUUGCGUUUACUUCGUUACUAGAUUAACAUGCCUGAGAAUCGGUGCGAUUUUCGUUCCGUGAUUUCGUCCUUAUACGUCAUGUCGAGUGGAAUACAUGUAUCGCGCAUACCUUUGAACAAACCGCAAUAAAAACAAGAUUGCAAA